AUGCUACCCAUGGCUCUCAGGAUAGGUCCUAAGGCACCUCUAGAAUCAAGGCUCUGUUGGGGGACAGAAUGCCACAUAGACCACACAGCACUAGUGCUGACGCUGUUUGCCACUAUGCUGGUGACUUGGAUUGAAGCUGCUAAACUCACUGUGGGCUUCCAUGCCCCGUGGAACAUCUCCUACCCAUUUAGCAUGCAGAGGCUGGGGGCAGGCCUCCAGAUUGCCCUGGACAAGGUCAAUGCAAAGCCAGUGGGACUUGGAAACCUCAGCUGGGAGUUCAUUUCUACCAACUCAGCCUGCAGCACCAAGGAGUCUCUUGCUGCGUUCAUCAACCAGGUCCAGAAAGAACAGAUUGCUGCCCUGUUUGGACCAGCAUGCCCAGAAGCAGCAGAGGUUAUUGGUUUGCUGGCCUCUGAGUGGAACAUCCCCGUGUUUGACUUUGUUGGACAAAUGGCAAUACUGGAAAACCACUUUUUGUAUGACACCUGUGUGACACUUGUGCCACCCAAGCAGGAAAUUGGUGAUGUGCUCCAGAAAAGUCUCUGGUACCUGGGCUGGGAGCACAUUGGCAUGUUUGGGAGCUAUUCUUCGGCCUCCUCCUGGGAUGAGCUGGAUAAACUGUGGACCAUCGUAGAGAACGAACUCCAGGCCCAUUUCACCAUCGCUGCCAGCAUGAGAUGCACCAGCCGUGAGCCCGCCCUCCUCCAGGAGGCUCUCAGGAACAUGUCGUCACUGGCCAGGGUUAUCGUCUUGAUCUGCAGCUCAGAGGAUGCAAAGACUAUUCUGCUGGCUGCAGAGAACCUGGGACUCAGCACUGGAGAAUUUGUCUUCAUCAUUUUGCAGCAGCUGGAGGACAGGUUUUGGAAGGAGCUGUUGACAAAUCAGAAGGGGACACAUUUCCCGAUAGUCUACGAGUCAGUGCUUCUCAUCACCCUGGGCUCCUAUAGGGAAGGCCCUGAAGAGGACAACUUCCUCAAAGAAGUGUACCAGAGGCUGCGGGGGCCCCCUUUCCAUAGCACCAUCACCUCAGAGGACCAGGUGAGCCCCUAUGCUGCCUACCUGCAUGAUGCCCUUCUGCUCUACGCUUGGGCAGUGGAAGAAACGAUAAAGGCUGGGAGAGACUUUCGAGAUGGGCGGGAGCUGCUCAGCACCCUGAGAGCCAAUCAGACUCUACUGCAGGGAGUAACUGGCCCUGUGUUUGUGGACUCCCGGGGAGAAAGGCUCAUGGAUUACUCUGUCUAUGCCCUGCGGAGAUCUGGGAAUGGAUCUGUUUUCCUCCCUUUCCUUCAUUAUGACAGUUAUGAGAAAGUGAUCAGACCCUUGAGGAAUGUCUCCAACAUUACUUGGCCCCAUGGCUUCCUCCCUGUAAACCAACUCAGACCUGGCUGUGGAUUUUACAAUACAUUCUGCAAAGUGGAGCCUCCUUUUCCAGGUAAGCACAGUUUGACUGUUGUGGCGCUCACCCUGAUGCUCUUGGUUAUCAUCUUGGGAGCUGCCAUUGUAGGCUUAGCUCUAAGGAUUCAGCGGGGAAAGCUACAGAGCCAAAAGAAAGAGCCCUGGUGGCAAAUCAACUACGAGAACAUCACGAUUCUGCCGCAGAGUAAGCCAUCAUGGAGAGCCACAGUCAUGUCCAGAAGUGAGCUCAGCAAUGUGUCCAGUGGGAUGAGUUCUGUGGACCUCUGCUACUUUGUCGAGAGCCAGCAGGAGGAAGAGCUGCUUUCUGCUGCAAUAGGGCUUUACCAGGGAAACCGUGUAGCCAUCCACCACGUUGGUGAGCAAGCAGGUGCCUGGGUUAGGAAACCGACUGUGCUGCAGGAAGCCCAGCUGGUAUGUGGAUUAAAACAUGAAAACCUUGUUUCCUUCUUUGGUAUUUGCACCGAACCACCUAACAUUUGUGUUGUCACCCAGUACUGCAAAAGAGGAAGCCUUAAGGAUGUUUUGAGAAACUCAGAUCAUGAAAUGGAUUGGAUAUUCAAAAUCUCAUUUGCGUAUGACAUAGUCAAUGGCAUGCUGUUCCUGCACAGAAGCCCACUGGGGUCCCACGGCAACCUGAAACCUUCCAACUGCCUGGUGGAUGGCUUCAUGCGAGUGAAGCUGUCCGGAUUCGGGCUGUGGGAGUUCAAGUACGGCCGGACACACAGAACACACGACGAAAGGAUCGUGGCCCACACGGAACUCUACUGGACUGCGCCUGAGCUCUUGCGGCUUCCCGAGGCACCCUGGCGGGGCACCCCGACCGCUGACGUCUUCAGCUUUGGGGUUCUCAUGCGGGACCUGAUCCACCACCAGCACCGCGGGCCCUUUGAGGACCUGGACAAGGCGCCGGAUGAAAUCAUCAAGCAAAUCAGAGAGCCCACAGCUGCUGGGCCUCUGCGGCCUUCCCUGAGCGAGGAGCGGGGCGACGCAAGGAUCACUGGCCUGGUGAGGGCCUGCUGGGCUGAGUCGCCAGACCGCAGGCCCACCUUCCUUUCCAUCAAGAAAGUUCUACGAGAAGCCAGUCCCAAAGGCCAGGUGAACAUCCUCGAUAGUCUGAUGAGCAAGCUGGAAGCGUACGCCAGCCACCUGGAGGAAGUGGUGGAAGAGAGGACCGGCCAGCUGAUGGCAGAGAAGAGGAAGGUGGAGAAGCUUCUAUCCACCAUGUUGCCCAGCUUCAUCGGAGAACAACUUGUUGCAGGAAAGUCUGUGGAACCCGAACAUUUUGAGUCCGUGACGGUCUUUUUCUCUGACAUUGUUGGGUUCACAAAGCUGUGCUCCCUCAGCUCCCCGCUGCAGGUGGUGAAGCUCCUGAACGACCUGUACAGCUUGUUUGAUCGCAUCAUUCAGACCUAUGAUGUGUACAAGGUUGAAACCAUUGGAGAUGCUUACAUGGUGGCAAGUGGGCUUCCCAUCCGCAAUGGCACCCAGCACGUGGACCAGAUCGCCACCAUGUCCCUGCAUUUCCUCAGUGCCACCGUCCACUUCCAGAUUGGGCACAUGCCUGAGGAGAAGCUCAGGCUCCGGAUUGGCCUCCACACAGGUCCUGUGGUGGCCGGCGUGGUGGGAAUCACCAUGCCCAGGUACUGUCUGUUUGGUGACACCGUGAACGUGGCAUCCAGGAUGGAAAGCAGCAGCUUGCCUCUUCGGAUCCAUGUCUCUCAAAGCACCGCAGGUGCCCUGCUGGCCACCGGAAGGUACCAUCUGCAAAAGAGAGGCACCAUUCCACUCAAGGGCAAAGGAGAACAAACAACUUUCUGGCUGAAGGGCAAGGAGGGCCUCACAAUUCCACUCCCCGAGUUUACUGAGGAAGAAGCUGAAGUCCCGAGGGCUUGUGAGGGACAGCUCCACCACCAGGACGCCGCCUGUCUGGUCUCGCAGCAGCCGCUUCCUUUUGUCACAGGUCUGAGGAGGCAGUGGAGAGAGAGAAGAUUAGAACGAUUUGAAACAACAGCAACAAAAACAAAAACAAACUGGGCGGAGUAAUACUUUCUCAAUCAAUACAUACAGUGGCCUUAUAUUUGUAAUUCAGAGAAGCCAGGAAAAACUUUAUUAACUCUACAGGCUGGA